CUGCCUCCUGUUUGUUUCUCUUAUUUCUCAGUUGUUUUCCCUGAAGCCCUAUAGAGAAAAGGAGUUUGGUGAAAGCUCCUUAAGGCUUCUAUCUGCCCUGCAUCCUAUCACCUCCUUACACCCCGUUAUCCACUCGAAUGUGGGCCAACUGUGGAUGAAUAUGAUUCCCCAGAUGUUGAAGAUCCUGAAUGAUCACUCUGAGGAGAGCCUGAAUCAGGAGGAUUGGGAGGACACGCUGCUUAAGUUUUCAAGUCAGUCCCUGCUGGCCAUUAAUGAUGAUGACUGGCUAGAGCAACUCACCCAAGUCAUCUUGGAGAAGAUAAGUUUUUUCAACGAGGAUGCCAAAGAGAAGGCCUUCCUAUAUAAAUUUUUUGGCUUUACCCCGCGGACCUCGAAGAAUCAGAAUCUGGUGAAGAGGAUGCUCUCCUCCAUCCUAAAAACUGCCCAUGAAGAGCUGCUGGAGAGGGAGGGCAUUGCUAUGACAUUCAGCAUCAUGUCCGUGAAACACCUGACGUUAGCCCUGGAUGAACUGACAGAGUACAGCACAAUACUCACUAACAAGGACACGUCAUCCAUCCUCAAACUGAUGAAGGAACAUCAGCAAAGGGAGUGGGGGCUGGUCUGUAAUACCAUCUACUUAAGCUACAACAGGAUAAUUUUAGAGACUAAGAAAGCCAUCUCCGUGCAUUUAGAAGGCAUCCUCACCUUAGUUCUGCAACACUAUCAAGACUGCAUUGUGGAAAAGGAUAAGAACUUGAAGCUGGAUUAUCUGAACGCCCUGACCACACUGACAGACCUCCUGAGCAGCCUGUCCAUCAUCUGCCAAUUCCACUCUCCCCACAAACUAAAAAUAAUAGCCUUCUUGAUGGAGCUGAUCAAGGAGGAGCCAGUGAACGCCAUCUCCAGCUCCCUUAGGCAGAAGGCAAUGAACAUCAUCACUAACUUGAGGCAGCUCAAGCCCCUCUUACAGCCAGAAGAAAGAGCAGAGCUUCUUCGAACGUGCUACAGGAGCGUGCUCUGCCUGCCGCCUGCGGAAGUUCUGCAGAAGGAGGCACCCAGCCCCAAGGAGGCCCAAACAGUGGUGGAACUGCUCAGGGAGACCCUGCAAUCUCUCCGGAUGCUAUUGGAGGCACUCAUCAUUGAGAUGCCCACUCGGGUCCAGAACUGCUUGGAGUAUCUGGAUACAUGGCUGAAUUCCCAGAAGGACCAUGAGCGGGAACGGGCCAUGUGGUGUACUGCCCGGAUUCUUGGCUUCACUGUGAAAAUGAACAACUUCUAUACAGAAAUUGAGUUCAGCCGGCUGGGGCGCCUGGUGAGGCUGCUGGCCAUUCGCUGCCAGGACCCGGUGGACAACAUCUGCUUCCUGUCUUCCCAGGCUGUCUACAACCUCUACUGCAUCCUCCUGCUGCAGAAGCAGAUGGGAAGGAAAAAACAGGGCUUGUGGGAAGAAGAGGGCAAGAGUGAAGUCUAUAGUGCCAGUGUGUUCUACAACAACACCUUCAAGAUUGCCAAGGCAUUUGCAGAGUACUUCACCCAGAUCCAGGUCAGCACCCUUGUGUUGAUGGCCAUGGAGGGCUUGACCGACAGCAGGGCCAAGGUGUCCCUGGCUGCAGCCCAGCUGAUGAGUGCUGUCAUGAAAGAACGGGGCAGGGACAUGAUAAAGAUCGAGGAAGUUGUGGAGGGCAUCCUCGAAAGGCUCAACUCACAGCUGGAGCCCAGCACCAAGGCGGAGACCCUGCAGGCCAUGUGCUCGCUGGCAGGCAACAACGGUGAAGUCGUGGUUCCCAUGCUGCUCAGCAGGCCCCUGCCGUGGGACAGAACCAUCCUGGCCAUAUGGAAGGCGUUUGGCACCCAGCGAGAGACCACGCUGAACGUCCUGCAGCUGCUCAUCAGCAUCCUAGAGAAGUACCACCCCAAUCUGGAAUCCCAGGAAAUGGCCUUCCAGCCUGUGGCGGUGACCUGUGCCUUGUGUGAGAUGCUGUCGGGGUCCCUGUGCCACGAGGCUGUCCAGGAACUCUACCCUCGGCUGUUGAUUUCUGUGCUAUGUCAUCUCUACUGGGUGAUUGAGCAAAACGCCCCCCAGAAGAUGGUGGUGUACAGCAAGGAGGGGGUCCCAGGCAGCAAGAGCAAGCCCUUUGACCCCACUAGCUGUGCCCUGGAGGCAGUGAAGCUGGUGAUUUUGGCUGCUGAAUAUGAGAAAGUGGUGGUCUAUGCAAAUGAGCAUCGCUGCUGGGACCUUCUGUCCUGCCCUAAAUUUUACUACAUAGGGAUCAUGGAGCUGACAAGCAACCCCUGGCCUCCUAUGUCCCAUCCCAGUGGCAUUGUGAAGAACUGUGAACCCUGCAUUCUGCACCGAAUCCUGAACCAUGUCAGGAACCUGCUCUACAGCUUGGAUAAUCAUUGGAAAAUCCUGGCCAGGGCCUUCUAUGCACAGCUCCUCUGGCACCGAUCGGUGGCUCAGACCCUGGGGCAAGACUUUAUGGGAAAUCUAAUCAAGUGGAUCAAGGAACCCAAUCUCAUCAUGAAGGAAGUGGGGCUUUGAGGAAUCAGUAACCUGGCACUGCACCCAGGACAGUCAGAGAUUCUUCAGAGCCAGGUUCCGUUCUUGCGAGGCUUCCUGAAGGAUGAGGUGCGAGUGACCGUGCAAGCAGUGAAGAGUCUGCGAAACAUCAUCUGCCACGGGCAGGGAGAGGACAUCAAGGUGGUCUUUUGUGGCAUCUCCAAGCAACUGCGUCCACUCCUCAAUGAUGAUUGACAGCUAAGCGGUUAAACCUGAGUCACAUACAUAAGGAUGACGUGGACCUCUUACAGAAAGCUCUCGAAAAUCUGAGGAAUGAUCCUGUGGAACCUAUUCAGUCUUUGGUCAACACUGUCCUGAAAAAAAUUGAAGCGUCUGUUCACCCUGGAUCUUACUAUGCUUCCAGGCUGAGCCGACUGAGCAGUAACU